AUGUCUCGUCGAAGGCCGACUGCUGGAGAGUACGAUACCUUCGCACGAAUAUUUUUCCAGAUAAUAAUAUUAUUAGGCCGCUGCAAUGAUAAUAAUGAUAUGAUAAUAUUAUAACUUUACUGGGGCUAUAAUAUACGUGUUGCAAUAAUUCAGUGCGAGAAAACGAACCGUGAAGAAACAAUGGCGUAGGCCACGCGCUGGAAGACCACGAAGCGCCACGGCACAGGUCAAACGCGGGCUCGGUGAACGGCCCCACGAGUACAAUAUCAUGUUGGGAAAUAUCCCUUGGGUACAGCCCACCGCAUCACGGGUGGAGGCCGACUACGCACACGAAUUCACAUAA